AUGGAUCUACACCCCGCGACUCGCGCCGCAAUACACGGCGGAGAGCUGCAAGAGCCUGGGACGCAACUUCGCGUGCCAGCGCAACGGGCGGCCCGACUCGGAGCGUUGCCUCCUAUGUGCCUUCCGCCUCCCCCUCUCCUCCCCCCGGCCCUCCUCCCCCCCCUCUUCCCGCUGACCUCCAUGCACCUUACUAGUGGUCCGCUCUCCUUCCUCACGCUGCUGCGCAACAAGGUCUUCCUGGUCGUGGGGGACUCGCUCACCAUGAACCUCUUCUCCUCGCUACAGUGCCUCGUCGAGACUGUCGCAACCACGGAGGGAAUGGAUGGGCCUCUGUUCCCUGGAGGACCAAAGACCCGUGGGAUCUUCGUGCCUGCUUUCAAUGCAACCCUGCUGCGCCACCCCUCCUCGUUCCUCGCCAACUCCACUCCCGAUGGAGAGAAGUCCAGUGCAAGCACGUGGACAGUGCAUCUGGAUGAGGUGCAUCCUGAUUGGUCGCCGCUUCUACUGUACUCGCACUACGCACUGUUUGGAACUGGUGUCUGGUACACCAUGGCGGACCCCAAGAAGCGCAAUUACAUGAUCAACAACGUUCGUCAGCCUGAAAUGGACGGCAUCCUUACAAUGCAACUCGCUAUGAACACAGUGAGGAAGUUCACUCGGAGUCUGAAGUACACCGGCAUGCCCAUGUUCCUGACCUUCACCCCGAUGCAUUACGAUGUGAGGCUGAAUGAGAGCAUGCAGCAUGCCAACUGCAGCGUCAUCCAACGGCCGUUAACGUUCGAGCAAGUCGCCAAUAUGGAAUGGGCAGUUGACGCAGUGAAGACUCGCAAGGCUCAACUUAAG